ACGAACAGCCGGCUGGCCUAGGAACUGUCAUGCUUGGCUUUAUGUGUUUCCCACCGGACCAGUGAUGCUGCGGGACUGGCCUGGGAUCCUGGACCAAAGACUGUCGCGCUAGUGGGGAAACAUGUCGAGUUUCUCCAGGGCGCCCCAGCAAUGGGCUACUUUUGCUCGAGUUUGGUAUCUCUUAGAUGGGAAAAUGCAGCCUCCUGGGAAACUUGCUGCUAUGGCAUCAAUUAAACUUCAAGGAUUGCAUAAACCUGUGUACCAUCAACUGAGUGACUGUGGGGAUCAUGUUGUCAUAAUGAACACAAGGCACAUUGCAUUUUCUGGAAACAAAUGGGAACAAAAAGUAUAUUCCUCACAUACUGGCUACCCAGGUGGAUUUAAACAGGUAACAGCUGCUCAGCUUCACCAGAAGGAUCCAGUGGUAAUUGUAAAACUGGCUAUUUAUGGCAUGCUGCCAAAAAACCUUCACAGAAGAACUAUGAUGCAGAGGUUGCAUCUUUUCCCAGAUGAGGACAUACCAGAAGAUAUUCUUAAGAAUUUAGUGGAAGAGCUUCCUCAACCUCGGAAAGUACCCAGACGUCUCGAUGAGUACACACAAGAAGAAGUAGAGGCUUUCCCAAGAGUGUGGUCUCCACCUGAAGAUUAUCGGCUAUAGAAGAAUGAAAGUUGCAGAAAAUAACAGUGAGGUGAUUGAAACUUUUUCCUGGUGAAUUUCUCCUAACCUCCAGGGAAGAAUGAACCAAGUGUUACAUAUUGACCAGGAAGUUGUUAUGAGUGCUGACCAUUUGUGGAGAAAGGUCAGGAAAGGAUAUUCCUCCCAUAGGAAAUUGCAAUAAAAUACAUUAUUUUAUAGAAUUAUUUUAUUGUAUAAUCUGAUUUGAGUAUUAUAAAUGAUGAUAAGAAUAAAAUUGCUGACUUGGUUAACUA